GAGAGAGAGAGAGAAAGAGACAACGAGCGAGACACCGGGAGAGAGCGAGAGAGAGAGAGAGAAAGAGACAACGAGCGAGACACCGAGAGAGAGCGAGAGAGAGAGAGAGAGAGAGAGAGAGAGAAAGAGACACCGAGAGAGAGAGAGAGAGAGAGAGAGAGAGAGAAAGAGACACCGAGAGAGCGAGCGCGCGCGAGAGAGAGCGAGAGAGAGCGCGCGCGCGAGAGAGAGGGGUUGGUGGUAGGGUUUGUCAGUCUCCCUCCUCCCAAAUCCAGAAAAGCUUACCAAGGAAAAAAGGAGGAGUGUCUGGGCUGACAGAGACGCAGAGGAAUUUCCGAGGAUAUUUUCUUCUUCUUCUUCUUCUUCUUCUGCUUCUUCUUCUUCUUCUCCUCCUCCUCUCCCCCCUCCUACGCCCCCUCUCCACCUCUUGAUAUAAAAAAAAUUAAAAGUUGGAGGCGAGGCAGCGGGGACCGUGGUCAAUGAUGGACGAGCAGCCUCGGUUGAUGCACUCCCACGGGGUAGGCAUGGCCGGACACCCCGGCCUGGCGCAGCAUAUGCAGGAUGGCACGGCGGGGACGGACGGAGAGGGGCGAAAGCAGGACAUCGGAGACAUAUUACAGCAAAUAAUGACCAUCACAGACCAAAGCUUGGACGAGGCGCAGGCGAGGAAACAUGCACUGAACUGCCACAGAAUGAAACCUGCUCUCUUCAACGUCUUGUGUGAAAUAAAAGAGAAAACAGUGCUCAGCAUCCGUGGCGCCCAGGAGGAGGAGCCCCAAGAUCCUCAGCUGAUGCGACUGGACAACAUGCUGCUGGCGGAGGGCGUGGCCGGGCCGGAGAAAGGCGGCGGGUCAGCAGCUGCUGCAGCCGCCGCCGCAGCAGCUGGCGGCAUCGGUGCCGACAACUCAGCAGAACACUCUGACUACCGGGCCAAGCUGUCUCAGAUCCGACAAAUUUACCACACAGAGCUGGAGAAAUACGAGCAGGCGUGCAAUGAGUUCACCACCCAUGUGAUGAACCUGCUGAGGGAGCAGUCUCGCACACGACCCAUCUCGCCCAAAGAGAUUGAGCGCAUGGUCAGCAUCAUCCACCGCAAGUUCAGCUCCAUCCAGAUGCAGCUGAAACAGAGCACCUGCGAGGCCGUCAUGAUCCUGCGCUCGCGCUUCCUCGAUGCCAGGCGAAAGAGGAGGAACUUCAACAAACAGGCGACGGAGAUCCUAAACGAGUACUUUUACUCCCACCUCAGUAACCCCUAUCCCAGCGAAGAGGCCAAAGAAGAGCUGGCCAAGAAAUGCAGCAUCACAGUGUCGCAGGUAUCAAACUGGUUUGGGAACAAGAGAAUCCGAUACAAGAAAAACAUCGGCAAGUUCCAAGAAGAGGCCAACAUGUACGCAGCGAGGACCGCGGUCAGCGCAACCAGUGUGUCCGCUCAAGGCAGCCAGGCCAACUCCCCAUCAACUCCCAAUUCAGCAGGUUCCGCCGGCUCUUUUAACAUGUCAAACUCCGGAGACUUGUUCAUGAGUGUGCAGUCCCUCAAUGGGGACUCGUACCAAGGGGGGCAGGUUGGGGCCAACAUACAAUCCCAGGUGGAUACCCUUCGCCAUGUUAUCAGCCAGACCGGAGGAUACAGUGACAGCCUCGCAGCCAGCCAGAUGUACAGUCCACAGGGCAUCAACACAAAUGGUGGCUGGCAAGAUGCUCCGACUCCUUCGUCAGUGACAUCGCCCACAGAAGGACCCGGAAGCGUUCACUCGGAUACUUCCAACUGAAUAUAUCCACCUCUGCACCACAUCUACAAAAAACAUGGACUGACCUUGCUAUUUACAGUAUUAAACAAAGGAAUUCACUGCCCCACAGUUUGGAGAGGAACUGUGAGUUCCUAACCAGACAAAAAAAGAAACAAGUAAUAUUUCCUCUGCUUAUAACGUUGGACAUUUGGGAUACAAACAAAACGUUUGACAGUAAAAAUCAAAACAACACCACAAUCAACGGAGACGUUUGUACAGAUUUCACAUUAUAUUCAGAGGGCUGGGGUGUUACUUAUUCACUCGUAAUGUUUUCACUCAUCAUGAUGAUAUGAUAAAGUAAAUAAAUCAAAUCAUUGGUUUUAAGUGAAAAUACUUCAUUCUACCUCUCAGCCACUAAAAAAAAAAGUAGAAAAAAUAUGUCAGUGACCAUUAUUUGUUUUGUAAAAAUGAAACUUUUGUCUUUGCAAGCAAGAGGCACAUCUUCUUACUUACAUUUUGUUGUCUCUCACCUGUUCUAUGGUACGCCAUUUAGACCUAAAUAUUGCUCAGUUGUUUACAAUGUGUGCUUGAUAAAAGUAUGUCCAUCUUCCCCUCUGUCUCAGACGAUUAAAAACAGAGUUCUGUCAGGAGAUUUUACCUCUAAGGUAACCCUGUGAAGUAUGUUAUCUGUAAAACAAUAAAUAAAUACUUGUCAUCACAUCGGACAAGCUUGACAUCAUUCAUUAAGAUGGAGGAUAUAACAUAUAUCUUAUUUUUUUUACUCUGUUGGUUUUGGUUCUGCAGAAUAUUGCUAGAGUUACAGUCACAGAAUUGAAGGAUUCAUUGAUGCGGUGAGAAUAAAACCAGGAAUCUUGCUCUAUGUGGGACAAGGAGAAAAGUUUUCUUUUAAUUUACUGAAAUGCGUUAUGAUAUUUCUUAUUAUUUUCCACCUCUACCACUUCAGAAGAAGAAUUGUUUUGACGAUGCCAAAAUGCUGAUCUAACCAAA